AUGGCCAGCGAAAUCACCGACCAAGGUCCAUCACCAACCGACCACGACGAUGUCGGCAAUGGUAAUGGCGCGCUCGCCGGCGGAGAUGCCAGUCGAGGCACCAAGCGUCCGCGACCUGCCGCCGACGACGAUGACGACGACGACGACAAGCCCGGUCGCGAGAGGAGGAAGAUUGAGAUCAAGUUCAUCCAAGACAAGUCGCGCCGGCACAUCACCUUCUCAAAGCGCAAGGCUGGUAUCAUGAAGAAGGCCUACGAACUCUCCGUACUCACCGGCACUCAAGUCCUACUGCUUGUCGUAUCCGAGACCGGCUUGGUAUACACCUUCACGACACCCAAGCUCCAACCCCUCGUUACGAAGUCUGAAGGGAAGAACCUCAUCCAGGCUUGCCUAAAUGCCCCCGAACCCUCGACUGGCAACGAAAACGGUAUCGACGACGGCGCAGUAGAGUCGCCCGAGGACAACACACAUGCGCAAGUACACGCCGGCCGGCCCGGCAUGCCUGCAGGCGCAGGCCUGCCUCCUCAGUACGGUGGGCUUACUCCCGAGGCCGCGCUGCAAUACCAGUCAUAUUUGCAACAGCAACAACAGGCCGCCGGCCAGUAUCCGAUGCCUCCGCAACAACAGCAAAUGCCCCCCCACGCUCAGCAUCAGUAUCCACCAGAUCAAAAGCUGAGAUAA